AUGAAGACUGCUGUCGUUGCCACCCUUGUCGGCUCUGCCUUUGGCUCUGCCAUCUCCUCCCCAUGGUUGGACUGGACCUCGUCGACCACGACGACCACCACCACGACCGACCCAUGGGCCGACUGGAGCACCACCACCACGACCACGACCACCACGAAGCCGGCGACCACCCCCUACUGCCCAGUCACCACCACCUCGACCGUGUCCUGCGGUGUUGGUGGCAAGUCCGACUCGUGCGUCACCAAGCCCGUUACCAUCUAUCCCACCGACUCUGCCUGCGCGGCUGAGUGGGAGGACUGGUCGACCACGACUUCUACCACCACCACGACCACCACCAAGCCUGCUACCUGCACUUCCACCAUCACCACCUCUGUCUCGUGCGCUACCAGCCACAAGAAGGAGUCCUGCACCACCAGCACCCUGACCCUCUGGGACACGAAGCUCUGCAGCGGAUGGGAAGACUGGACCACCACGACGACGACCACGACCGACCCAUGGGCCGACUGGAGCGCCACGACCACCACAACCAGCAAGCCCGUCUCCAUCAGCACUACCACCACCUGCGGCCCGACCACCAGCACUUCUGUCACCUGCUCGACCAGCGGCUGGAGCACCGGCUGUGCCACCAGCACCAUCACCAUUGUUCCCUCGUGCUCCGCUGUCACCUGGGCCGACUGGUCCUCCACGACCGUCACCCCCGUUGCCGCCGUCAGCACCACCAGCACCCCCGUGGCUGCUGCCUCGACCAGCUGGGGCUAUGCUCCUUACAGCAGCAGCGGCGCGCCCGUCGCCCCGGCCAAGUACACCGGCGCCGCCUCGCUUCCCAAGGUCGAGCUCGGUGUCCUUGCCCUCGUGGGUCUCGCUGCUGCGUUGUAA